UAAAUAUGGAGUUAUUGAUGCUUCUCUCUCGUACUCUGCAACCCCAAUAACAAAACAGAAAUUUCUUCAACACCCUUUUUUAAUUCCUCUUCUCCCAAACAUUCUCUUCCUAAAUAAUAAAAAUUCUCCAGCAUUGCCUUUCUUCUUCUUCAAUUCAUUCCUUCGUUUCAUUUCCGUUUCCGAUUUCAAUUCCGAUUUUCCCCCCUAAAAUUUAGACCGGAAUCCACUGACCCCAAUUAUCUCAAUUCCUUAAUGAAUCUUUCAAUCUUCAUCUAUCCGAUCAAGAUUUUGAUUCCGUCUUUCAAUUGAUGUUCCAUACUGAUUUCGCUAUAUAUAUCAGUUUCUGCCCCCCUUUCUUUUUUCAAUCCACUGCAAGAACGAAGGAAGAAGAAGAAGACGAAUCAAUCGAAUCGAAUCGACAAUAUGAAGAAGGUUCAUCCAGUGAUCAACAGGCAGAAUAUUACUGUUCAAUACAAUUCUAAUGGUCGCAACUCCCUCUCUCGUGCUCGAUCGCUUCUUGGUUUAAACCCUAAGAAAUUACGGCGGUUACCCCAUGUUUUCAGCCGGGUUUUGGAGCUUCCAUUUAGGUCCGAUGCCGAUGUUUCCAUUGUUGAAAACUCUAAUUGCUUCCGGUUCGUAGCGGAAACUGAUGGGGUUAGCGAGGAAUUUAGGGCUCAUACAGUUCAAAUUCAUCCCGGGGUUAUUAAAGUUGUGGUUAGACAAAUUGGGGAUCUGGAAUCAACGUUAGAUGAACUUGAGAUCGAUAUGUGGAGAUUUCGACUGCCGGAGACGACUCUGCCGGAGCUUGCAACCGCUGUGUUCGACGGCGGGAAACUCAUCGUGACGGUUCCGAAGAGGGAGGACGCCGGAGAAGGUGCGUGUGGGGGUAAGAAUGGGGGUUUUAGAGGAGGCCAUUUAGUAAUUGUACAGUAAAUAGAAUCUUUUUCUGUUGCCAUUUUCAAUUUAUUGAGCAAUUUAAUGAAAUUUAUGUUCAAUAUUCUUCUGGGGUUGAAUUGAUUGUUCUGAUUUUCUCUU